CUGGAGAAGCCACGGCUGCAGUGGCAAUAUUCCUCAUUUGUUUGUGUCAUACAGAGAAUUUAUUUGCAAGAAGAGUCCUGCUCCAAAGAGAAAAUGAAUAGCCAAUAUAUGCGCCAUGAAGUGCGGGGUUGUGAAACCAGUGACCUGAGGAACUUCUGGGAAAAGACCAUUGAACAACAAACUCAAUAUCUGCAAAGUGAAAAAGAACGUCAGCGAAGAAGUGCUCUGACAAAGCUCAGAAAUGAAUGGAUGGAGAGGCUGGAAAAGCGGAUAAAGAUGUUGAGGACCCAGUCUGAAGACUCAUCCAGCUGAAGAGCCCACACUCAUUACACGUUUGGGGGAAAAAAAUUCUGUUUUGUAGGAAAGUGUGAUGCAAAAGCUGAAGUCAGCUUUACUUUGUAGCUUAAAUGAGCUAUUAUUAAUUAGCUGUUGUUAGAAGUUUCAUACGUGAAAUGUCAAUUGCUGCUUUUAAGAUUAUGCAUCUGUCCCUUCAUUUGAUAAAUGGAGAAUGUAGCACUCUGAAGUAUUUAACCCUAAUAAAU